AAAUAGUAGUCCGUGAUUGGUGACAUGGUCUAGACUUCUCGUUGACGUUUGUGCCACGAUAACCAAUGAACGACACUGCGCAAUAUCACCCAAGGCGCUCUGUAUGCCCAAACCCAACAUGUAUUUAUCACGUGUUAGGAGUUUUCAUAGUUACCUUGUCAACAAACAGCUCAAUAACCACUAUACACAACUUCCGCCAACACCCACCUAACUAGGCCAUUUAUUGCCUUGCGACAAUAUUUAAUUAGAAAAUCUUGUACCUCUCAAAAUGGCAACUCGCACCCUGGAGGCUAGCUUCAAGGGUAUGUCUGUCAAAGAUCAGCAUGACUCUAGUGAUGAAAAGACGGUGUAUCCUCAAGACUAAAGUUGCAGCCUCCUUAAACUCCCAAUUAUCGAGGAACUCAGCUAGCGAUCAGAACGGGUCUAGUUAUGGAAAGAAAUCAUAUUCCAAGUCCAUAGUUUGUUUACCAACUUUCUCUAUGGAGACAUACUCUAUUAUGAUUAGACCGUGACUUCUGCGGCCAUGCGAUUGUCGAAAGCAUCACUUACUAAUCACUCGAACCUUCGCAAGGUUGCCUUAGAGAAUCAAAGCACUAUGUCAAAGACUACGGCAGUCCCUUCGCAAGUCGUGCAACUGUCAAGCUCGAGCGAGUCGGUUGUGUCCGAACCACCACCGCAAGAAGCCGCUGCCGAAUCAUCAGAAGGGUCACAAAAAUCACGGCCCUCCACAAUGCAAAAACAGCCUAAUGCCCCGAAACAAUUCCAUCUCGGCAUGUUCGAAAUUGGCCGCCCUUUAGGAAAAGGGAAAUUCGGACACGUGUAUUUAGUGAGGGAACGGAGCAGUGGAUUCAUCUGUGCUCUCAAGGUUAUGCAUAAAGAUGAAAUCAAAUCAAACGGUGUUGAGAAGCAGGUCCAAAGAGAAGUUGAAAUCCAGUGUAAUCUUCGGCAUCCAAAUAUCCUUCAGCUUUACGGCCAUAUCCACGACAGCAAGCGAAUAUUCUUGAUUUUAGAACUUGCUAAAAAGGGAGAGUUGUAUAAGCAUCUUCGUCGCGAGCGCCGGUUCCCAGAAUGGCAGGCUGCGGCGUACAUUGCCCAGAUGGCCUCGGCGCUAAAGUUCUUACACAGGAAGCAUGUAAUACAUCGAGACAUCAAGCCGGAAAACAUCCUGGUCGGUGUCCAUGGUGAGCUUAAGAUUGCUGAUUUUGGAUGGAGUGUGCAUGCGCCUUCUAACCGACGUAAAACAAUGUGUGGAACUAUGGACUACCUUGCGCCAGAGAUAGUCAACCAUUACACCUACAAUACAGCCGUCGACUUAUGGAGUUUGGGGGUCUUAAUGUAUGAACUUUUGGUCAAUAUUCUAUGCGAUCAGCGUUCAACGUUAAUAUUAUAGCUUCUGGUUGUCAACCCAGAGAAGCGUAUGCCACUUGAGGACGUUCAAAAGCACCCGUGGAUCAUCAAGCACUGCAAGAAGGGAG